UACCCGGCAGAUGCGGGAUAGAAACAGUCAUUUAAAAGAAUAAGAAGAUCAUGUUGUUUUGAGAUUGUGUUUAGCAUUUUAAAAAGUUGUGUCUACUUUUAAAGAAGCGCGUUCCUUGCUGGUGUUUUAAAAAUAAUAAUAAUUGGACACCACCGUGUUUUUGGGGGACUGUAUUCUGGAAGACGGUGUUUUUUUGGGGUGAUAACGGAUUUAUUUGGUUCAGUCAUGUUGCGGUCCGGCCUGUGGAUAGCUGUAUUGGUAGCGGCGUUUACUACAGGAUUGGCUGGCAGCCCUGAGCUGGCAUUCCUGGUGGAGCCCAGUGAUGUCAUCGCAGUGAGGGACCGCCCCCUCAUGCUGAACUGCCAGGUGGAAGGGGAGGGGCCUAUCUCAGUGACCUGGCGGAAGAACGGAGUUGCUAUGGUGACGGGGCAGAGAGCCAGCGUCCUGGUCAAUGGCUCUCUGCUGAUUCAGAACUUCCACAAGCGGCGCGACGGCAACGAGACGGACGCGGGCGAGUACGAGUGUGCAGCGCAGAACCGCUAUGGCAUGCUGCUGAGCAGGAGGGCACGCGUGCAGCUGGCAUCUCUCCCCAAGUUCCACACUCACCCCCAGUCGAUGCUGGUGGAGGAGGGAGGCGUGGCCCGGUUUCAGUGCCAGGUCCAGGGGAUCCCGGAGGCUGUGAUCAGCUGGGAACGGAACCGCACAGCUCUGCAGACCAACGACCUGAGGUACACCCUGCUUCCCGCCGGCAUUCUUCAAAUCACCGGAGUGCGCCGCUCAGACUCCGCCCUCUACCGCUGCGUGGCGACCAACAUUGCAAACACGCGCUACAGCCACGAGGGGCAGCUCAAUGUGUCUGUUAUGGUUCCGAAGACCUACAAAGAGCCAUUCAUCCUCUCCGGACCUCAGAACCUGACUCUCACCGUCCACCAGACCGCCAUCUUGGAGUGCAUCGCCACCGGCAACCCUCGACCAAUCGUCUCCUGGAGCCGGCAGGAUGGGCGCUCCAUCGGCGUGGAGGGGAUCCAGGUUCUUGGGACGGGGAACCUGAUGAUUUCGGAUGUUUCACUCCAGCACUCAGGGGUGUACGUGUGUGCAGCUAACCGCCCCGGGACCAGAAUGAGACGGACCGCGCUGGGGAGGCUCGUGGUUCAGGCUCCGCCUGAGUUCCUGCAAUGGCCGCAGUCCUCCUCCAGGCCAGCAGGGAGCAGUGCUGUGUUCAGCUGUGUGGCGCAGGGGGUUCCGGAGCCCCACCUCAUCUGGCUAAAGAAUGGCAAGAUCCUGACUCCUGGAGACAACGUCAAGCUCACCAACAACAACAGCACCCUGGCCAUCACUCGCAUCACCUCGGAGGACGAAGCGAUCUACCAGUGCAUCGCCGAGAACGGAGCCGGCACCAACCAGGCCAGCGCCCGGCUGGCAGUGUCCCUGUCCAGGGAGCUGCCGGACUCCCCGGAGAAGCUGUCCGCCUCCCCCCUCUCCAGCACCUCCGUCCAGGUGACCUGGGCACAGCCCCCCACGGAGGUGACUGACGGCAUCAUCGGAUACGUCCUGCACAUCCGCAAGAUCGGGGAGCCGGACAGUCAAGAGCUGCAGGAGGCCGUCAGUAAGACCACGUUCCAGCAUCUCUUCAGUAACCUGGAGGCCUCCACCACCUACUCCAUCUACCUGAAGGCUUACUCCCCGCUCGGGGCCAGCAAGCAAUCCCUCAGCGUUGUGGCAACCACCUUGGGAGAUGUUCCAGCCACGUGUGGCUUCUUCACCAGGGUGCUGAACUCCAGUGCUGUGCAGGUUUUCUGGGAGCUGCCUCACAAGCCAGGCCGGGUGCAGGGCUUCAAGCUGUACCAUCGCAGGCUGCCUCACCCAGACUUCCAGGGGCCACAGCUGCUUCCCAGCACCAGCAAUGCCUUCGUGUUCACCCAGCUCGAGUCCAUGGCAGUGUACGAGAUCAAGCUGUUGGCUUACAAUGGAAACGGGGAUGGAAACAGCACGGUCCGCAUCGUCUCAAUGAGGGAGGAGGACAGCAGCGACAAGACCAGUACAGGCAGCGAGGCGGGGUGUAACUGCAGGCAGGACAGCGACGGCUCCAUGACAGGGAUCGUGGUGGGAAUCCACAUCGGCAUGGCCUGCAUUAUCUUCUGUGUGCUCUUCCUCAUGUUCGGGUACCGGAGGAGUCUGUUCUGCAGGAAGGGGACCCAGGAGAGCUGGACAGUGCCCCGGGGGACGGAGGCGGCUCAAGGGACUCAGCUCGGACACAAGAAAGGAGUCAGCCGACCAGCUGAAGCCAUUGAACUCGUCACACAGAACCAGUCAUCAGCACAGACGCAGAGUCCUUCGCAGUGUGAGGUCCUGAUUGAACAACACCAGCCUGGACAGCCAGGCUAAACACAACCCCCUCUGAUACCCCCCUAACCAGCCCACCCCCUCCCACCUCUCCCCCUGCCUGCCUGCCUGCCUGCCUGCCUGCCUGCCUGCCUGCCUCCAGCAGCCCGUAGGUUCAUUAAGACAUGUUCAGCUCACUCUGCCAGAUUUUGUUAGCUGUAGGAAAGCGCAUGUAAAGAAGUUCUGAUCACACUCAUAUUACCUGUAUUAUGGUAUUAUUAGCCUUAGGAAAUACUGCCCUAUACUGUGUCAGAUUUCACAUGCUGUUUUCCCAUCUAAGAAUGUUCUAUAAGCAGACACAUAGUGGACUUAAAGCCAAAAGUGCUGUGUGUGGAAUACUGAAGCUAGUCAGGUGGCUGUGGCACUGUGUAGUGCUGCUCAACUGUGUUUAGCUGCUGGUUAGUACAGCAAUACCAAACACUGUCUCCAAGCUGCUAUAACUUUAUAGCAACAAUGUGAAGACACAGUUUAGUAUUCAUUAGAACUAAGUAACCAAAUUCUUAUUUAUUGCUGCUAAAACUAAUUUAAAACAUUUUGUUAAAGCUGCUACAAGUUUAAUCAAGGUCCUUUAU